CCUGGCUCUGCCCAGAUGUACGUUGAAGAGACGCGCGUCACUCGAUCUACGACGGACAGGGUAACCCUGGAGAGACACAGCAGCAGCUGCAUUCGAACAGGGCGCAACGCACGCGUGCUCUCACAUCACGCCGCCGCGACGACACGGAGAGAAGUCAUCAUGAGGUCCCACGCCAGCGCCUUCCUUCUGAUUCUCUUGGCAGGCCAAGUGUCCGCAACUGACAAAAACGGUACAACCAUUACGAACGUGCAAGAUCUGUUUCAUGCUGUUGAAUCUGCAUUUGACAAACUUGGCAACACCAUCUCAGGUUUUUUCGAUAGCAAGACAUUUUCAUGCAGUUUUGGGAUCUCCCCAAAAUACUACAAGAAAAGUUGUGCCGAUUCAGAAAAAGCCUGCCUGACUGCAAACAUCACCAUUGGGCAAGCCAACAUUCUGUUUAAGGACUGUGUCAAAGAGAACGUCUGCAACUCCACGGAGAUUCUUACUGCCACCAUAGCCAACAUUUCCUCCUUCCAGAUGUACAAAGAUCAGAAUCUGACCGUGAAAAGCUCUGAGUGUUGCAAGACCAGCCGCUGCAAUGCUGCUCCUCAUAGCAGACCUGGCCUGCCCUUGGCCUUGAUAUUUGUCCCUGUCUUACCGCUCCUCAUGCACUCUGGCUGAUCCUCUGGCUAGGCAUGAUCGUUGCCACCAAGGGCCCAAGGGGUUACAUGGCCUCCUUACUUUUUUCAAGUAGAGGGACCAGGAUAGGAUUUAGACUUGUUAACCUAAUUCUGAUGUUCUUUGCUCCAACUAUCCCUUGCAAUUCAAAAUGUGUUUGAACCUGACAAUGCGUGCCUCUGCAUUUAUCAAGAACUGAAGCUUAAAGUGUGCAUGUGUGAACACUUGCAUUAUCAAGCAGAAUUUGCGCAUGAGCAUGCAAAUUAUAAAUGUUGGUGCACAUUCGUGCUAAAGUGCAUGUGCAUGUCUGUACUAAAAAUUAAGUCUGCAUAAAUGUCCAUGCGUGUAUUAGGACGGUAGUGUGAGUGUUCAAAUAUGCACUCUCAUUUUUACCGACUGAAUGGAUGCCGUAUUGAUAAUUACAAAUAAGACACGUUCCUGGGUUGAAUCAUGCGUAUCGAGAAUUCAAUAAAGUUUUUAACAUAGAAUAGUUGAAAAUCCCACUUAAUUUCCAUCCACACAUUGCAUAUGCAUCGGUUCCCGAUGGCAUAAUACAAAUUAAUUAACCAGUGAUGUCCCUCCACACAGUGGCAACACUAUCGGAGGCAGUACCAAAAUGCUUGCGCAAAUGCCUUGCAAUCUUGUGCUUAAAAUUCAGAUAUUUCAACAUUGACAUAUUGUAGAGGGUGUUUAUAAAAAUAUCAUCCAUUAUAAUUGGCAGUACGAACUGUUUGAGCUUUGUACGUAAGUUGUUUCAAAAUAGAAAAGCUUUUUGUGAACCUCAGCAGAUGACACAAGCGGUCAACGCAAUCACACUCCCGAGAGGAUUGAGAGCACCUGGGACUGACUCUGUCGAAUGUCAAUACGAGGUGUGUUGCCAACACGAUACGCGAGAGAUGGUGAAACUCACGUAACAAAAAAAGUCUUCACAACAUUAAAUGUGUAUGCAGUUUAGAUUUGAAGCUUUCGUGACUGCAGGAAUCCAUAUUCUCUGGUUCUUUCGGGAAAGUCACGUAGGUAUAAAAUAAAAUAAAAAUAAAUUACGACGUUUCGAUUGCAACACAAGCAAUCAUCAUCAGGUGGGAAAACCACAGCAAGAAAAAUCGAAACGUCGUGAUUUAUUUGUAUUUUAUUUUAUACCUACGUGACUUUACCGAAAGAACCAGAGAGUAUGUGUGUGCAUGCAGUUGUGUUGAACCGAACGCAAACUACUGUCUCGGCAUUCUGUAAUAACAGUUCAUAUCGUUAUGGACACCCCGUAUUUACAUUUUGUGGAUAUGUCCACGCUUUAUCCACUACUAGCUUGGGACCUUGAAUGCUGUUGCAUUAUGUAUGUAUGUUGGCAAACACUAUGGAAUGCAGUUUUGGUAUCGUUUGGGUAACUAGUUUAGUGGUUUUGGCUCAGCCUUCUGUUGUAUUUAGCUACACUUGACUCUUUGUGAAAAUAAUUUUAGCAGGCUUUACGCUGUUUAUACAAUUUAAACAGUGGCUAGUACGUUAGUGGUAAGUGGGACAUAAAGGUUGUUUACUUGAUAAAAAGAAAGAUUUUAUUAUUUUAAUGAGGUUAUAUGCUGUGUUAGUAAUCGUGGUGUGGUGACGUGAUAAACAAGGAAACAAUGGAACAUUUUGUUUAGUAUUAAAGGGCAUUAAUCUGA